GGCGCACAGCUCUGUAUCUGCAUAUUGACGAGCACUGAGGUGAUUUUUCCUGUUAGAGGACGUUAAGAGCGAUGUUUUGGCUCGUGCACAAUGGUUCCUAAAGGCGAGCACGCGCUGAGCCACGGGGUUCUGUCCGUGGUGCUGAUGUCUCCUGCACACAACGUGCCCAGAAAAUGUUUCUUCUAUAUAUCGGCAUGCAUUAGGGGGGUGUGUGUACGUGUGUGUGUGUGUGUGUGUGGAGGGGGGGGUAGCUCCAAGACUUUAUGUGGCAGCGGCAGUCACAGGGUUUGGGACUGCUUCCAGCCGAAAAAAAAAAAAAAAAAAAAUGCGAGACACAAGAGAAGCACGUGUAGUGGGUGGUCCUCAGCAGACGACUUUCACGUGGCUCUAGCGAGCGCAGAGCCCGAGCUGAGCCGCCACAACGUUUUAGUCCGGUGCGGCAACAGGAGGAGACAACAUCAGCAUGGCUGCGGAGAUGGAGCCCUCGGAGUAAGUGCGCUUCCCUUUUGGGGUUUUUGUGUGAUCCGCCUGAUAAUGCAGUACCUCAAGGAGAACAACCUCUACCGAACACUGACCACCUUACAGGAGGAAACCACCGUCUCACUCAACACAGUGGAAAGCAUCGACAGUUUCAUAGCAGAUAUAAAGAGCGGCCACUGGGACUCCGUGCUGCUGGCUAUCGAGUCCCUCAAGUUGCCCGACAACACACUUAUUGACCUUUACGAGCAGGUUGUAAUGGAGCUCAUUGAAAUGAGGGAGGUGGGAGCUGCUCGCUCACUCCUCAGACAAACCGACCCCAUGAUCAUGUUGAAGCAGACGCAGUCAGAGAGGUACAUCCAUUUGGAGAACCUGCUAACAUGCUCCUACUUUGACCCCCGAGAGGCAUACCCGAAAGGCAGCAGCAAGGAGAAGCGCCGCAGGGAAAUAGCCGAGGCGCUGGUGAGGGAGGUCAGUGUGGUGCCCCCUUCUCGCCUCAUGGGGCUCCUGGAACAAGUCGGUUCUAUGAGACUAGAGCAGUCACCGGGUCAUCUCUCCCCCGACAUGGCUAUUGAAACAUCUGGCAACAAGGAGAGACAUGUGGAGAAAGAGAGCUUUCCAACCCAGCUGUACCGCCACAUCAAGUUUGGACGACGGUCACAUGUGGAGUGUGCCCGUUUCUCUCCUGAUGGCAAGUACUUAAUCACUGGAUCGGUGGACGGGUUCAUUGAGGUCUGGAACUUUAAAACAGGAAAAAUUAGUAAGGAUUUAAAGUAUCAGGCCCAAGAUAGCUUCAUGAUGAUGGAUGAUGCUGUGCUGUGUAUGUGCUUCAGUCAGGAUACAGAUCUACUGGCAACUGGAGCUCAGAAUGGCAAAAUAAAGGUGUGGAAGAUCCAGAGUGGCUUGUGCCUGCGCAGGUUUGAGCAUGCCCACAACAAAGGUGUGACCUGUCUGAGUUUCUCCAAAGACAGCAACCAGAUCCUCAGUGCCUCCUUUAACCAGACCAUCAGAAUCCAUGAACUAAGGUCAGGCAAGACACUAAAGGAGUUAAAUGGCCAUUCAUCGUUUGUAAAUGAUGCAUCUUUCACUCAAGAUGGAUUUCACAUCAUCAGUGCCUCAUCUGAUGGCACAGUUAAGAUUUGGAAUACAAAAUCCUGUGAAUGCAUCCACACUUUCAAAUCUCUGUCUGGGACAUCAGAACUCCCCGUCAACAAUGUGAUUCCUCUACCCCAAAAUCCAGAGCACUUUGUGAUUUGUAACCACUCCAACACGGUGGUCAUCAUGAACAUGCACGGUCAGACUGUGAAGACCUUCAGCUCAGAUAAAAAGGAAGGAGCCGACUUUGUAUGUUGCACCCUGUCACCCCGCGGGGAGUGGAUUUACUGUGUGGGAGAGGACUUAGUGCUGUACUGCUUCAACUAUAUGACGGGAAGGCUGCAGAAAACGCUGACCGUUCACGAGAAAGUUGUAAUUGGCAUCGCUCACCACCCACAUGAGAAUCUGAUUGCCACAUACAGCGAGGAUGGCCUCCUACGGUUAUGGAAACCUUAAACUGUCACCUGCAUCGUGAUAUGGAGGACCCAGAGAGCCUUACACAUGGUUAUAAAGCGGUUCAUUAAUUUCUAUGGAAUUAAAAAGAUGGAUUAAUAACACUUUCCAAAUUGAUACAUUAAUCCAUCAGUAAAUUAUAAACCAGUUAAUUGACUGAGAGAACAAUUUCUCCACGAAGUCCAUUAAGUACCUGUUCUGGAGCUUUAGGUCAUAUCACAUGAUCUUCAUCAGCAGAUAGUUUUCUGAGCACUUUAAGGACUUAUUGCAAAUAUCUGCUCAAAAGCUGAGGUUCCAAAUUAAUUUUUGACUUCGGAAACAGCAGUUUAGAAAGUAAUCAAUUCCUUGGCAAAUGGGCAAACUCCAUCUACUGAUGAAUAUCAUGUGACAUAACUGAAAGCACCACAACAGCUACUAAAUGGAGCCUGUGGUAAAAUUGUUUGUGCUGUUUCCAAGGUCAAGAAUAAACUUGGAACCUCACCAAUGAAUUAGUAUUUUUAAAUGAAUUGUGAUCAUUUCUGCCAUCAUUUCAAAAUGUCAACAAGUUCAGGUGACAGCCAAUGUGACUGUAACAUCUGAUGGUGGAUUAGAAAGAUUUUGCUACAUAGUGGGAAAGUAGCAAAAUAAUACAGUUGGCAAAUGAAAAAGUAAACAGGAGACAAGUUGGUAAAUUGAAAUGGAAAUUAAGAAAAUAAUCUUUUCAAUCUUUCUUUUAAAAAUGAACGGAUAAGGCUUUCAAUAUUCUAUAUUUUCUUAUUGUCAAUGAAUCCCAUGAAAAGACCACAACCAACUAUACUUAACUAUACUGGAGAUGUAUCGCUUUAAAAACGGUAGCAAAUAUAUAGUUCCUUUAUUUAUGUAUUUUUUUAAAAAGCUAAAUAAUUUCCUAAAACAGCUGGGCACUUCAGUUUUUAGCAAAUGUUAAUCAAACACGAGUAAAUAAUGUAUUGGGCACAUUCAAUGCUCUAGUGACUAUUUACAGCAGUAGGACAUUGUGUGUGGGACUGACUAAAUAAACUACAGUACCAAUGUACAUAGUAAUAAAGGAACAUGUCGCCUAGUGCAACAGCGUGGCUCAUUGAUGUGUUUGUAAUAGUUUUUGGACAAUAAUGGAAGUCUGUUGCACAAAGGAAUAAGCUACAUCUGACUUUGGAUCCACAGGCAGUACUUGUUAGUGGGAUCAAUUCAGUGUUGGUUUUGGUCUUUUCAUUGAGUUUGUUGACAAUAAGACAAAUAUAGAAUAUCACUAAGUAUCCUUUAAGCAUAUUGUUAACUCAUUUCUAAACUUUUUUCUAUUUUUACUUCAUCUAUUUAUCAAUUAUUUUUUAUAUUUGUUUUAUUUAUUGAUUGAUUCAUUUGUCUUUCAAAUGUCUUUGCUUUAUGAACUUUUGCAGGACUGUCUAGGUCCUCCAUACUGUACACACACUUCCUCAUGGAUCCCAGUUCACCAGUGCAGUUUGAAUCCCCAUUUUCAUCUCUGUCUUUAUUAGACAUGAAAAUGCAUGAUAGUGAACUGUCGUGAAAAUAUUUCUAAUAAAAACUGCCUCUUGUUUGGGCAUAAACAAACAAUAUCAGGUAAAUUAUUUGUUAGCUUUGGUUUAUAAUGAUACUUUUCUAACUUUGAUUCAAUGACUGAUGCAGAUGUAAUGAUUUUUGUCCUCUGUGUUUCCUGCAUGCUACCUCAGUACACUGUUCAAAUGUGACUCUACAAUAAUUUUAGCACUCCUUAAAAAUAUGCAUGCUGACUAAAGAUAAACCUCAGUGGAGCUCCAGUGACACCUUCUGUAUCCUGUGUGUAUAUAAUAAAUGUGUUUAACGUGGUCACAUUAUUGUUUGUUGCAUUGACAGUAAUCGGUGUUCCUGUGCAUCAGUAGGACGUGUAUGCCUGCAAGAAACAGAGCUACUGCCUCGACCAGCAUUUCUUUUUUGCACUACAGCAUCUGGUACCAUCUAUCAUCUGUCAGUACUAUCACCCAUAUGUCAUUGUUGCAAAAUAAUGUUUAGUCAUUACAUUCUAUUUUGUAUAUUCAUUAUGUUGUAUAUAAAACUGCCAGUCAAGGCAAAAAUGAUUAUCAAUAAAAUCCAAAAACCUUUA